GUCACUUUUAGAUAUACUUAGCUUCGGCCAGUUCUAAUAAUAACAGAAAAUUUAGCUUUAGAUUUUGUGUCAAAAAUUAGUUACUAGAACUUUUAUACAUUUUUAAGGUUGUGUAAUUCUGAUACGUCUAUCGAAGACACAAUCGUGAACCAACAAAGAACCAACUAAGAAAUUUAUAGUGCGGGCUAAGAAAUUCAGAUGGGUGGCUUUUUGAGUAGACCACAGACCGAUAAGGACGUCGAAGUUGGCGAAGGAAAUGGUCUUAGGUAUUGUGUUAGCUCCAUGCAAGGGUGGAGAUGUGAAAUGGAGGACACACACGCUGCGACUUUUGGGAUACAUAAGGCCUUUCCAAAUUGGUCCUACUUCGGGGUCUUCGACGGACAUGGAGGAAAAGAUGUAGCACUCCAUUGUGCAGAAAACAUGUUGCAUACUAUCGUCAAAACCGAUGAAUUUUCACAAAUGCAAUUUAAAAUGGGGAUAUGGACGGGCUUCCUGCAUUUGGAUGAGCAGAUAAGGAAGGGCGUUGAAAAGACAGGAGGUUCCACGGCAAUAUGCUGCUUCGUCUCUCCAAAACAAAUUUAUUUUGCAAACUGCGGCGACUCCCGUGCUGUGUUGUGCCGGGAGGGAAAAGCAGCUUUUUGCACCGUGGAUCACAAGCCUACUUCCGCUAUUGAAAAGGAUCGUAUUCAAAAGGCAGGGGGCAGCGUGAUGGUAAAGCGGGUUAACGGCUCCCUGGCCGUUUCUCGGGCUAUAGGAGACUUUUAUUUCAAGGGCGACCUCACCCGCGGAAGCUGUCAGCAAAUGGUGACACCAGAACCAGAUGUCACGGUACAGCAGCGCUCAGCCAGCGACGAGUUCAUUAUUCUCGCCUGCGACGGCAUUUGGGAUGUGAUGACAAGUGACGAAGUCUGCGCCUUUAUCCAUUACAAGCUUUGUAUAACUUGGGACCUACCAGAAAUUGUGAACUCGGUUUUAGAAAUUUGCCUAAACAAGGGAAGUCGCGACAACAUGACCCUCAUGAUAGUGAUUUUGCCCGGAGCACCAAAAAUCGACGACGAUGCGGUGGCUGCUGACAAGAAGCUGGAUAAUAAUAUUGCUCAAAUGGUUCGGGAAGUCAUGGUCAAGUAUAAAAUCUUUGACUACGAAAUUUUGGUCCGCACCAUGAAAAGAAAGGCUUCCAAUAUUCCCAACUUACCACCAGGAGGCGGUCUUUGCGCAAAAUACCACGUUAUUGAGCAAGUCUAUCAGGAGGCAUUUCCUCAUAAGCCACAUGAAUUUCACGACUACUUUAAUAUCUGAUUUAAAAUGUUG